AAGAUAAGAAAAGAGAAAAGGCCGAGUCCGUUUGAAUAUCAAGCGCAGUUCCAGUGACGAGGAUGAACGCGUACGGUGGAUUCCCGCCACUCCGGCGGCUGCGCGUGGGCAUCAGUGAGAGAGUUCCAUAUAAAAGCUCCCGCAUCCUCCUCUGCCUCUGACACUCUCUGUUUGAAUGCUACAGUGUCUUCUUCUCCUCCUCCUUCUCCUCCUCUUGUGUUUUUUUGGAAACAUUUUCCUGCGGUAGAAAUUAAAAUUCUCGUCUAUGGUUCUGACUCAAGCUUCCAAAAUGUCCCGGACCGAAGAGGUGCACCGUAUAACGGAGAACGUCUAUAAGUCCAUCAUGGAGCAGUUCAACCCUUGCUUAAGGAACUUUGUUGCCAUGGGGAAGACUUACGAGAAGGCCCUCUCCAGUGUGACAUUUGCAGCAAAAGGCUACUUCGACGCACUGGUGCGGAUGGGAGAGCUGGCCAGCGAGAGUCACGGCUCUAAGGAUCUUGAAGAGGCAGCAUGGGAUGUGCUUUUUCAGAUGGCGGAGGUUCACAGACAGAUCCAGAUGCAGCUAGAGGACAUGCUGAAAUCAUUCCACAAUGAACUACUCACAGAACUGGAGAAAAAAGUGGAAUUGGAUGUUCGCUACUUAAAUGCAGCUCUGAAGAAAUAUCAGAUGGAACACAAAAGCAAAGGAGAGAGUCUGGAGAAGUGCCAGGCCGAACUAAAGAAACUGCGCAGGAAGAGUCAGGGCAGCAAGAAACCCUCCAAAUAUGGAGACAAGGAGAUGCAGUACGUCGAGACCAUCAGCAGCAAACAAAAUGAGCUGGAUAACUACAUCUCUGAGAGCUACAAGAACGCCCUGUCUGAAGAGAGACGGAGGUAUUGCUUCCUUGUUGACCGUCAGUGUGCAGUGGCCAAAACAAGCAACACCUACUACACCAAGGGCAGAGACUUGCUGACGCAAAAGAUACCAUUGUGGCAACAAGCAUGUGCUGACCCAAAUAAACUCCCAGAGCGGGCAAUGCUUCUGGCUCAGCAAAUGGGCUCAGGAGUGACAGGGACGCUGGGUCCCAGUGUCCACCACACCUCUAAAUCUAACCUGACCAUCUCAGACCCCAUCCCUGGGGCCAAGUCACUUCCUGUGCCCCCUGAGCUCGCAGUUCUCAUGGGGAACCAACAGAUGAGGAUGAUGGGAGCAGAUAGUGUUCCCAUGGUGAAUGGCUCAGGGGUCCAUGGGGGUGAAGACUACCAACGCUGGAUGGAAACCAGAGCCGCACAUGAGAAACCAGCCCACAGACACGGUGGAGAGCCCUUCUCCAACACCCUGCCUGUCCGCAAGGUUGCGCCUGUAAAGCCCAAGAACACUCUGGAAAAAAAACAAACCCUGCCAAGGUCAAGCUCGAUGGCAGCUGGGCUGGAGAGAAAUGGACGGACACGCGUUCAGGCCCUCUUCUCCCAUGCCGCAGGAGACAACAGCACACUCCUCAGCUUUACGGAAGGAGACAUCAUCACACUGUUGGUGCCUGAAGCCCGAGACGGCUGGCACUACGGUGAAAACGAGAAAAACAGAAUGAGAGGCUGGUUCCCGUUCUCCUAUACCCGCAUGAUUCCUGAACCAGACAGCAAUAAACUCCACGUUAGUUUGCAGCAUACCAGGAGCAGCAGCACAGGAAAUCUUCUGGAGAGAGACAUGGUGUUGCCAACACCUGAUUACGGCAUGCCCACACGCUUCUUCACCCAGCAGCAGAGCACACCACACAGCCGACAGAGACCAUACAGCAUGGCAAUGCCAGGAUUCUCACAACAAGGGUUGGAUGAGUACUCUCGAUUCCAAACGAGAGUGACGGAUCCUUUCCAAUUCCCCACAUUUGCGCUCACAUCUCGCCAACGACAAAGCAAUUUCAACAGCAAGCAGAAACCCAAACUCAUUAUAACCGAAGACCUUGGAUCUCGACUCCCUUAUUAGGACAUCAAUUCAUCA